AAACCAGAAAAGAUUACCAUUUUUAUUUCUCAAAGAGAGAGAAAACCAGCAAAAAAGAGCGGGUUUUUUGUUGGGUGGUUGUGGUUAUUUCUGUGAAUUGAAACUGUCUUUCUCUUUCUACUUUCUCUCUGCAAAAUUUUCUCACAACCCCUUUGAAUUCUCUUCUUUUUGGUGUCUAAAUAAGUGGUCUUUUUGUACCUAGCUGUGAGCUGUAACUACCCUUUUGGUUUCACAUUUUCUUGAUCACUAUUGGGUUUGAUUUGCUUCAAGUUUUGAUUCUUUUUUAUCAGUGGUAGCUUGAUCUGAUAAAAAAGUUGCAGUUUUGGUGGUGAAUUUGUUCAGUUUUGGCAUUGUUUGAGUUUGGUGAAGAACAAUUUGUGAGUAUGGAUUUGAUUCUUUGAGUUUUGGUGGUGUUUGAUAGUUGUAUAAUAGAUCUGAUUUUGCGCAAUUUAUGCUUUUUAAAGCUCUUACUGUUGUUGCAUUUUUAUGAUAAAAAAGGGAGAAAGAGGAAGUGAAGGACAUUCUUUCUCAUUGUUGGUUCAUAAAGUUGCCUACUUUCCUUUCCUGGUAAGUUUAAAGCUCUGCAAUCAAUAAAAUUUGGUUUUGGAUUUGUGGUUGAUUCUGUUUUUGUUUCAAACCAAUUAAAAGGGUGACUGCUGUGGAGUUUUAAGACAAUAUAGGCCUGGAAUUCAUAAGGGUAUUUUGUAAUUUUCUAGAGAUUUGAAAUAACAAUCUGUGAAUUCAAAAGGGUUUGUGGCAAGUGACUGGUUGAAGAUAUAUAAGGUUAAAUUGGAGAUUGAUCUGAUGAUUAGUUUGUGAAUAUUGAAGUGAUUGUUGAUUUGAGGAUCAAACAGUGGAUUAAUCUGUUAUUCAGGCCAGGAAUUCGAAAGGGCUUGUAGGGUUUUCGCCAAUAGGUUCUGACGGAUUCGUCUUCCGAAAAUAAGGGGUGUGACUGUGUGGCUGGUCUGGAGUGCAUAUUAAACAUUAUCAGGGCCCUUAGAAUGGGGUCCUGCUUCUCUGCAGAAAGCAGGAGCCCCAUCCCCGGAUCACCAUCCUCUCCUGCCCUGGGAGUGAGGAAGAGGAAGGGCUCGAAGAAAAGACCAGGGUCAAGGAAUUCUUCCUUUGACUAUCGGAGGGAGGAGCCGUUGCAUAGGAUUCCCGGGAGGUUGUUCUUGAACGGGUCAAGUGAGGUUGCAUCACUCUUUACCCAACAAGGCAAGAAAGGAACAAACCAAGAUGCCAUGAUUGUUUGGGAGAAUUUCGCAGCGAGAACAGAUACAGUUUUUUGUGGUGUCUUCGAUGGCCAUGGUCCGUAUGGUCAUAUGGUUGCAAAGAGAGUGAGGGAUUCUCUUCCUCUAAAACUGAGCUCGCAUUGGGAAGUCAAUAUUACCAGUGAGGAAGUACUCAGGGAGAUAAGUCUUAAUACUGCAGGAAGCCUAAAUUCUGAAGACACUGCCUUUGUAUCUGCUGAUGAAGAAUCUAGAGCCUCCAUUGAUCUUGAGGAAACGGAAAAGUCCCCUGAGAUCUUUCAGACGCUGAAGGAGUCAUUUUUGAAGGCUUUCAAAGUCAUGGAUAGGGAACUAAGAAUACAUGCAAAUAUUGAUUGCUUCUGCAGUGGGACCACGGCAGUAACCUUGGUCAAGCAGGGUCAAUAUCUUGUCAUUGGAAAUGUUGGCGACUCUAGAGCCAUACUUGGCACGAGGGACAAGAAUGAUUCUCUUAUUGCAGUUCAAUUGACAGUGGAUCUCAAACCAAAUCUUCCUGCGGAAGCUGAAAGAAUACGGAAAUGUAGAGGACGCGUGUUUGCACUUCAUGAUGAGCCUGAGGUUGCCCGAGUAUGGCUGCCAAACAAUGACUCCCCUGGUCUUGCCAUGGCACGAGCUUUUGGAGAUUUUUGCCUCAAGGAUUUUGGCCUGAUAUCAGUGCCUGAUAUAUCAUGUCGACGCCUUACUGAUAAGGACGAGUUCAUUGUCUUGGCCACAGACGGGAUUUGGGAUGUUCUCUCGAACAAGGAAGUGGUAGACAUUAUUGCUUCAGCUCCAGCACGAGCCUCAGCAGCUCGAGCCCUGGUUGAGUCUGCAGUUCGAGCUUGGAGAUACAAGUAUCCGACUUCCAAAGUCGAUGACUGUGCUGUGGUUUGCCUCUUCCUUGAUUCGAACAAUAUAUCCACAUCUUCCAGUUUCAAGUCCAAAGAGCUACAAACUUCAAUGGAUCAUGUCAACAAUGUAGCUGAGAAAGACAAUGAACCCACCACCCCAGUCAAUCUGGACCGCUCAGGAACUGUCCGAAAUGGCCCUGAAAUUCUCCCAGAAGAAAAUGAAGAAGAGGAUCCCUCAAAGCAUGAUGACCAGCAGACAGAUUGGUCAGCUCUUGAAGGCGUGUCUCGAGUUAAUACCCUCUUGACUCUCCCGAGAUUCACUCCAGGAAAGGAUGACAAGAAGGCUGCUGGCACUCGGAAAUGACAACGAGCAGGUUUAGUUAGUCCUCGAAUUUCAUAAUUAAAUUUUGGUUCUUUUUUAUUAAAUUGUUCAUGUUUGUGCUAUUUUCUUCUACAUAAAAAAGGGAAAAAUUUAUUUAUAGGGCCAUUGAUGUUAAAUUCAGACCGGAGAGGUGGGCCCGGCUAUAUUAGCAUGUCUGGGAAAUUUAUCCUUUCUCUCUAGUGUGGGUAGAAUCGGAAUUUUUGUAAAAUCCAACUCUCGGUCUAUUUUUUUUCUGUUUGAUUUGAUUUGAUUUUAUUUUUCUUUCCAUCUUUUUAUUUUUUGGUUCAUGUGUGACUAUUUGUUACUGUUAAUAAUAAUUUGGUGAUAA